GCGCAGCGGCGCACACGUCCCCGCGGCUAUAAAGGCGGCCGCUGCCCGUUGCCCAACUCCCGUGUCCGCCGCUCGCCGGGGCUGUUGCCGCCCUCGGCUCCCGCACCGCCCGCCCGCCCGCCGCGCCCCCCCUUUCCCUCCUCCCUCUCCCCCUCCCCGGGGGAGCUCCCAGGCGCUGCCCGGCUCUUCUCCUCCCCGCAGGCCCGGCGAAGGUGAUGGAUUAUUCCUACGACGAAGACCUGGACGAACUGUGUCCCGUCUGCGGGGAUAAAGUCUCCGGAUACCACUACGGGCUUCUCACCUGCGAAAGUUGCAAGGGCUUCUUCAAGAGGACGGUGCAGAACAACAAGCACUACACGUGUACCGAGAGCCAGAGCUGCAAGAUCGACAAGACGCAGCGGAAGAGGUGCCCUUACUGCCGCUUUCAGAAGUGCCUGGCCGUGGGAAUGCGGCUGGAAGCCGUGCGCGCCGACCGGAUGCGCGGGGGGAGGAACAAGUUCGGGCCGAUGUACAAGCGGGACCGGGCGCUGAAGCAGCAGAAGAAGGCGCUGAUCCGCGCCAACGGCUUCAAGCUGGAGACGGCCCCGGCGGCGCCCCCGCCGCCCCCCAUCGUCUCGCCGGUGCAGGCGGCGGACUACGGUGGCCUGCCGCCCUCCCUGCACGGCCUGACCCACCACCAGCACCCCGCCGGCGCCGCCAAGGGGCUGCCGCCUCCCAGCGCCGCUGCCAUGACGCCCGUCGACUACGAACGCAGCCCCUACGGGACGCCCGCCCUGGCCGGGCCGGGGCCGGCGGGGCCCGGGCCGCUUUCCGGCUACCACUACCCGCCCUUCGCCAGCCGGGCCAUCAAGUCCGAGUUUCCGGAGCCCUACGCCGCCCACCCUCACGAGGCCGCCCCGGCGUACCCGUUCCCGGAGGCCUACCCCGCCGGCGGCGGCGGCGGGUCCCCCGCGACGGCGCUGGACGUGCCCGAGGUGAUUCUGAAGCUGCUGCAGCUGGAGCCGGACGAGGCGCAGCUAAAGGGCCGCAUCCUGGCUUGCCUGCAGCAGGAGCAGGGCAAAGGACGCCCCGAGAAGCUGAGCGCCUUCGGCCUCCUGUGCAGGAUGGCGGACCAGACGCUCUUCGCCAUCGUCGAGUGGGCGCGCAGCUGCAUCUUCUUCAAGGAGCUGGAGGUGGGGGACCAGAUGAAGCUGCUGCAGAAUUGCUGGAGCGAGCUGCUGGUGUUUGACCACAUCUUCCGCCAAGUCCAGUAUGGGAAGGAGCACAGCAUGGUGCUUGUGACAGGCCAGGAGGUGGACAUGUCGACUGUGGCCACCCAGGCAGGAUCCAUCCUGAACAAUUUGGUGCUGAGGGCCCAGGAGCUGGUGCUGAACCUGCACUCACUCCAAGUGGAUCGGCAAGAAUUUGUCUGCUUGAAGUUCCUGAUUCUCUUUAGCCUUGAUGUGAAGUACGUGGAAAAUUCCAGCCUUGUGAAGGAUGCCCAGGAAAAAGCCAAUGCGGCCCUGCUGGAGUACACCAUCUGCCAUUACCCCCAUGCCACGGACAAAUUCCGGCAGCUGCUGAUCCAGCUGGCUGACAUCCGGGCCCUCAGCAUGCAGGCCGAAGAGUACCUGUACCACAAGCACCUGAGCGGGGAGGUGCCUUGCAACAACCUGCUGAUCGAGAUGUUGCAUGCCAAGCGGACUUGAGUGGCCCCUCUGCCCCAAGGCAUGUGACGGAUGCUGGAGAGGCCGGGGCAGUGGGGGAGAGUAGGGCCGGGUGGGGUUUUGGCAAGCUGGGUGAGCCCUCCGUGCACCUCCAUGCUUGACCUGCGUCCUUCCACGGCCCCAGCGUGCUCGAAUUUGGCCAGUUCCGCCAAGGGGACCUCUGUCCACAUCAAAAGAGGGAGAUGGGGGUGGUGGUGGUGUUUUGGGCAGCUGAAAGAGCAGUGCUCAACUCUGCAGGGCAGCUCCUGGAGACCAUUUGGAGGCUGAAUCCGGCAGCAUUCUGGGCGGGUGAGACCCCAA